AUGCCCUCACGCCCUCAUGCCCUCAUGCCCUCAUGCCCUCAUGCCCUUAUGCCCUCAUGCCCUUAUGCCCUCAUGCCCUCAUGCCCUCAUGCCCUCACGCCCUCACGCCCUCAUGCCCUCACGCCCUCAUGCCCUCACGCCCUCAUGCCCUCAUGCCCUCAUGCCCUCAUGUACUCCUGCCGUCAUGUACUCAUGCACUCAUGCACUCAUGCCCUCAUGCCCUCAUGCACUCAUGCCCUCAUGCCCUCAUGCCCUCAUGCCCUCAUGCUCUCAUGCCCUCACGCCAUCAUGCCCUCAUGCCCUCAUGCACUCAUGCCCUCAUGCCCUCACGCCCUCAUGCCCUCAUGCCCUCAUGCCCUCAUGCCCUCAUGCCCUCAUGCCUUCAUGCCCUCAUGCCCUCAUGCCCUCAUGCCCUCAUGCCCUCAUGCCCUCACGCCCUCAUGCCCUCACGCCCUCAUGCCCUCACGCCCUCAUGCCCUCAUGCCCUCAUGCCCUCAUGCCCUCAUGCCCUCAUGCCCUCACGCCCUCACGCCCUCAUGCCCUCACGCCCUUAUGCCCUCAUGCCCUCACGCCCUCAUGCCCUCAUGCCCUCAUGCCCUCAUGCCCUCAUGCCCUUAUGCCCUCAUGCCCUCAUGCCCUCAUGCCCUCAUGCCCUCAUGCCCUCAUGCCCUCACGCCCUCAUGCCCUCACGCCCUCAUGCCUUCAUGCCCUCAUGCCCUCACACCCUCAUGCCCUCAUGCCCUCAUGCCCUCAUGCCCUCAUCCCCUCAUGCCCUCAUGCCCUCACGCCCUCACGCCCUCAUGCCCUCAUGCCCUCAUGCCCUCAUGA